CCUGUUUUCGUGGCUCUCCUCCUCUCUACCCCGCCCCAGCGAAUGUUAGGAAAAGAAAAGGCUGCCAGGUCAUUUGGAGAGAAACUUUAAGGUCCUUCCGAUUGGCUUAGAUCCCUUAGGUGGGGGCGAAACUCCCUGCUUUAUUUGACCCUCGUUCCCCCCCCCACCCCUUUCUCUUAUUUCACUAACCACCUCUCUCUUCUUCCCCACCCCAAUUGAAAGUAUCGGUCAAUGUUUGGUUGUCACCCCUCUGUUUUACCAUUUAUUUUUGGAUACAGGAAGGCUUUUGGAAGGACCUAAAUUCCCCUUCUUUUCUGGAUAUAUAUAUUUUUUAAUAAUUUCUCUGGUCCUUAAUCAGUUCAUUCCUUUUUCCUUUUUUUGGCAGAACCACAAAUUUUGGUCUGAGGAUUCGUGUUUUCCCCUCUGGGUUUCCUUUUUUUUUAAUUUUAAAAGCCACCUUUUGGAAUAAAUCUUCUGGCCUGUAUUUUUUUCUGAAAGUUCUGAAUUACUUACUUCCUUUGGAGACCUCAGCGUUAAGCUCUUUGUAAACUGCAACACCCUUUGGCACCCCGCUUCUGAAUGUGGGAAAAACAGCUCCUUUGGAAAUAUAUAUAUAUAUUCUGCCAUUUCCUGAUGCUUUUUUCACCUUCCUAAUCUUUUUGCUCUGUCCCAUCCCAUCAGAGGAAGCCUGAGGUCUUAAUAAACUGUGGAUCUGUGCUACAUCUGUGGACUGCCCUCUCUUUUAAAAAUCCAAAAACGGCGGAUACGCUUUCGACACUGCAUUCUACAGAUUGUUGACAUAGGAAGAAACUCUCUUGGCAGGCUCCAGCGGGUUCCUUUUUGUCAUUUGACUUUAAGGAAGCAAAGCUCUGGAACGAGAAGUUUGUAACAUCUGCGCUCCAGAAAAAAACAACCCUGGAGGGACUUUUGGCAGAAAGACAGCCUUAAACUUUCUCAUUUCCGAGGAAACAACUGCGUUGUCAAAUCGGCCUGAUCUUGCAUUUGGAAGUUUUUCAGGAUCUUCUGGACACGGGAGGAAAAGAGACUGGCAUGCUCAACACCGUGUCCUGAUUAACUGCAAUGGGGCAUUGAGGCAGAACAAAUUUCCCACUGGAAAGUGUGGGAGUGAGUGGAGAAUCCCUGCAGGGAGCGUGAAAGACAUAGGAGGAGGAGCUGACCCAGCACAUGAAUGGCUGCCAAGGAUUAUGACCACUUGUUCAAACUACUCAUCAUUGGGGACUCUGGGGUGGGGAAAAGCAGUCUUCUACUUCGCUUUGCGGACAACACCUUCUCUGGCAGCUAUAUCACAACCAUUGGGGUAGAUUUCAAGAUUCGGACGCUAGUGAUAAAUGGAGAGCGAGUGAAACUGCAGAUCUGGGACACUGCUGGACAGGAACGGUUCCGAACCAUCACUUCCACGUAUUACCGUAACACGCAUGGUGUCAUCAUCGUCUAUGAUGUGACGAACGCGGAGUCUUUUGUUAAUGUCAAGCGUUGGCUGCACGAGAUUGGGCAGAACUGUGACAGCGUCUGCAAGAUCUUGGUGGGUAACAAAUGCGAGGACCCAUCGCGGAAGCAAGUGGAGACAGCUGACGCCCGGCGGUUCAGUGAGCAAAUGGGAGUCCGCCUCUUUGAAACCAGCGCCAAGGAAAACCUCAAUGUGGAAGAGAUGUUCAAUGCCAUCACAGCCAUGGUGCUCCGGACUAAACAGGAAAAUCUGGCACGGCUCCAGCAGCAGAAUGAGGUUGUCAAAAUCAACAAGCCCAAAAAGAAACCCUCCGUCAAGAAAUGCUGCUGAAGGGACAGCCCCCAUGUUCUCCUCUUCCUCCCCGCCCCAAAAUCCUGAGAAUGACUGACUGGACUGUGGAAGGGCUGGGUGGGUGGUUAAAAAUAGCUGCCGUUAUGUGUGCAUGUGUGGUGGGGGAAGGGGGGGCCUGGAAUCCUGGCGGGAGGGCACGGGCGUCUGUGUGAAUGAAUGCCCACAGCACUGGAAUGGCACUCCCCUCCCCACAACCCUUGGAGAGGUUGAGUUGCUGGAAUGGAAAAAUCUAUAUACUGGCGCUGAAAUCCCUUCUUGCGUUGGGGAUAGAGGCGGGGGAACAUUGAAGAGCAUUAAAAACAAUGCUGAAACAAAUUGCAUAAAGGUGAUGAAUAGGAGGAUGAGGGGCAUUCUCUACUUCCAGAAAACAAAAAUAACCUCUGCAGUGUUGCCUAUAAACUCUCUUCUCAUGUAUUUUACUUAUCGUCUUCCUCUACCCUCCAUUCCCACCCUGUGUUGCCAUGGCGCAGUGCAGCUCGAGUAUCCAUUGUUGGGUCACUGUGAUACGUGUGUGUGUGUUGCGGGAGAAAGAUGUGUAUUUCUUUUUAAGGGGGGAGGACAAUACAGCUGUACCUGUGACUAAUGAGGGAUAGGAUGAAACUGGGGGAAUCCAGUGCCUCAAUUCACAAUACUUCACCUAGCAAUAGUGGGGAUUGCCCCAAUUUUCUUCUUGGCUUGCGUUUGCUAAGAAAUGUGGUCAGAAUACUGUCCUGAGGCCUGGGUUAAAAUCCAGGAUGCAAACCUCUCCUACCUGGGUUUGGAACAGGAUUGUUCAUCUCUUCCCCAUAACCCCUCUCCUGUCUCAGAGCAAAUUGUCAUGUAUAUUCAUAUUCAAAACAAGGUUGGGGUUGGAAAGGUCUCUUUGAAACCUCCCUGCCUUGUAUUAGCAAUUGGGGUACCAUCCUGUCAGCCCAGCCUCCCUCCUGAAACUGAGGAACUAAUCAGAAGGUGUGUAUAUGCCAAACUUGGAAUAUGAAACAUUGUUUGGAUCUGGGAGGUGGGUCUCCACCCCACAACUCCAAAAUGGUGGGUACAACAGGGUUGAAAUUGUAUCUGCCCUCCCACCUCUGUCUUUAAAUAUGGGGACCUUCUGACUGUGCAAUACGUCUGCUUCAUGAAUUAUUUUAUAUACACAAAAAUGAAUUAUGUACAUAAUUAAAACAUCUUGUGUUAACCCACUGCUAAUGGCAUUAAACCUGUCAAGGAGACACCACUGUUCAAUAAAGAAAUUUAGAUAUGAAA